GCGGCGGGGGUGGCGGGCGGCGGGCGGCGGACGGGCAGUCCCCGACCAGCCACCGGGCUCGACAAUCAAUGCGUGCCGCCCGCGUGCGUGCUGCCCAGGUGUGCACGGGCCAGCGGGGGACACGGCACCGCUGAGUGGGGGCCAGCCGAGGGCGAGAACACCUCGGUCCCGGCCGCCGCGGCGAUGCACUACCGGCCGUACUCACUGGGUCGCAGCUCGUCCCGGGUGCUGGAGCCCACGUCCAGCAGCCAGCAGCUGGUGCCCAGCAGCAGCGGCGGCACCAGCAGGGAGGAGUCGCCCGACCAGCAGCCGCCGGCGCCCUGGGCCGCCGCCGGCAGCCCGCAGGCCGGCGCCGACGGCAAGCCGCCCAUCUCGGUGGCGCAGCUGAUCCGCGAGGAGCGGCUUCGCAAGGCGCUCCAGAGCCGGCGCUCCUUCAAACAGCGGCUGUGCACGCUCAUCAAUCUCACGGCGGCGAUGCUAAUCAUCGGCGGCGGCGCGGCGCUGCUCUUCCUGGUGCCGAUCGUCGUGGACCCGGCCGUGGCCACCAUCCAGGCUGACUUUCCCGCGCGGCCGACCGCCUGCCGCACCGAACGCGUGCGACGCUACCGCACCCACUCCAACUGCUCGUGGAGCUCGUGUCGCGAGGGCUGCACCAGCGACCUGUACUACUGCGUGCACGUGUAUGUGAGCCACACGCCGACCGAGGGCGCGCCCCCGGCAGAGGCGAUCCUGGUCGUCAACGUAAAGACAUGCGGCUACCCACCGCGGGUCAACUGUUCCGCCUUUGAGGACGAAUAUGCCAAGGAGGGUGCUGUGUUUCAGUGUUUUGUCAGCGGCGCUAACGCCAGUAUCGCGGUGGCCGAGUUUCAGCCGGGACAGGCCGGUGAGGAGGUGCUGCACGCGCUGGGUAUCCCGCUGGGCGCCAUCUGCCUGGGCACGGUGACUGUGUGUGUGCUCCAACUGCGGCCUGCCCGCUGCCGGCGCCGACCCGCACAGCAGAGACGGCCGUCUGCCGAGCUCAAACGGUCACAACAGGUGUGGAGCACGGGCGUGUCGCCCAGUCGGACGGCUCCCACCCUCUCCACUGUGAUUGAGGAGCGCGGAGGGUCGGCCGUGUCCUCCCAGCCCGCCGAGCUGCAGCUGAUGGAAAUGAAGCCGCUAACGUCCUCCGAGGCGCGGCUCUCACCUCCACCGGAUCCCUGACAGGAGGCCGGCGGUCUGGCCGUGGGAUCCAGGGAUCCCGCGGAGGGCCGCCGGGACUCGGAGGAGCGCUGGAGGGAGUCGGAGCAGCGCCACCGGGACUCCCUCUCAGGACUCCUGUCGCCGAUAGUGCUGCUCCGACCGCGCGGUGGAUCACCGGCCGGUCGCAACAACAGACGCUGCUCGGCGUUCAGUCUGGCCACUGAUGAGACAGAUCAGGACAGGGACAGUCACAGUAUUGAGAGCCGGAUACGGGCCAUCAUCAAUCAGGUGGAGGGCACGGACUCUACUUCUCCUCCGGCUCGGCCGCCAGCGCCGCCGCCGCCGCAGCGCGAUGGCUCAGUAGCCACUAUUGAGGGGGUGCGUCUGAGGAGUUCUGACUGGUCGGGUGAGCAGACUACCCUGAGGCCAGGUCGGGAGAAACUGUCUAAAGUGAGACAGAGUGUUGGACAGAGUGGUGGACAGAGUGGCGGACAGGGCAGUAGCCAGAGUGAUAAGACUGGGCGGGUUACUGAACCCAGUGGGGAGACCACUGCUUCUGAGGUCGACAUACUGAAAAUGGACGUUUGGUGAGAUGUGAAGUGAGGCGGGAUGGCGUGAAAGGAGUGGAGAGAUGUAAGCGUUUGAGAAAUGUGAGAAAUGUUAAUGGGAUGCUUGGCUCGUGGAGAUGUGGCCGUCGAUGAGGAACGUACAUUAGACGAGAUAUGAUGAGAUGAUGUCGGAAAUUUGAUGUCUUGGGAGAUGUGAUAAGAAGUGUCUUGUUGAAGACCGAUGAUAUGAAACUGACAGACUGAUUGACAACGUAAGACAGAGUUGGUUAAUCACUGAUGGAAGGACGUAGGACGGUUCAAGAAACAUCCAAUUCGACAUGCAUUUCACAGGUGACGUGACAGAUGACUUGUAAACGUACUGGAAGGUGCAUCACUGUUUCAAGUGGGCACAUCGGAAUUCGGAGAUUGCAAGGGCAGUAUAGGCAAUAAUCAGCAUUUGAUAUAUCUAUCUGUGCACAAAAAGCUGGAAUUACACCAAACAAAAAGCAACAUAAAUAAGGCAUUCAUUGACCAUUGUAAAGACACAGUACUUUGGGCAAAAGUUGCAUUGAUGGUCGUUAUUGAACAGAUGACUGAGCAGUGAGCCCACGGACUGCACAGGAGACUGAUCAGAGGACUACUACGACUGAGGACACUGUGAUAUGGUCUGGAGGACAGAGGACCGCGACCUUGCCGGUCCUCGGAAGGUGACCCUGUCACGCAAUAUGUGCCAUUGGCUGGGUAAGGUGAGCAUCCGAUUUGUGUAGCGUAGCCUCAGGGAUGCGGGUGUAUUGUUGAGCAAUAACGCCAUGACUCACACCUCACUAAUUUUGUACAGAGCAAACUGGGUAUUGAGCCGGUUUGGACGACUGGUAAGUGUGAAACUGUUAUGACUCUACCCCGUCAUGCAAUCAAUUCCCUGUACUAUGAACGUUUAAGAGCUUCAACGCACAAUCUGCAGCGGUAUUGUCAUGAAUUUGGUGUUAGUAGUAUCGCCGUUUUCGACGACUGGGUCCGGUAAAGGUGCUGUCAUGUGAAACAACCACCUCCUGAUUUCUAGUCAGCUCCACAAUCCUCGCACGUAAUCGUCGUCGUUUAGUGGAAUUGGACAACUAAAGAGUGGACAGUGUUGUAGUGCAUGUGAUACCGCAUUGGCUUGGCAGGUCGCUGAGCAAGAGCGCCUAAGAGGAGCCUUGGGAACGUUGGUUGUAUAUGAAGUGCUAUUGGCCGGCCAAAGGCACG